AGCUCUAUUCACAAACGUCUACUCUUCAGUCGACUCGCAGAGCUUCUUGGCGAGUCUCAGCUCUGUGACGUGGUUCUCGUCGUCAAGGAAACGCGAAUCAACGCCCAUCGAGUCAUACUGGCUGCAUCCUCGAAUUAUUUCAAAGCCUUGUUCAUCAAGGACGUGGCCAAAACCGGCUUGCACAGGGUAGAACUGGCUAACGUGGAAGCAUCAGCUGUUGAUGCCCUCGUAAAGUAUUGCUAUUCUGGAGACAUAAAUAUCAGUGACACCAACGUAUUGAGCAUUCUGCCCGCAGCUCGUAUGCUGCAGUUGGACCAAGUUGAAGUAGGGUUUUUUUUCUCUCAAGAGAGGGCUUACGCUGUCGACACUGCCAAAAAGUUUAAGUUGCUGUCUGUUAUUCAUUCUCUUCGUUAUCUAUUGUAG